AAAUGCAGAAAUUAUUGUUUGGGCUGAUACACAUUUAUGGUGUUUCACUGUCAUAGAAACUGAAUUUAACCUGUUUAGAAUUAACGAUCUCUUACUGUAGUGAUUUGCAGACAUUUGCUACAGUGUGGUUGGAGUUCUCACCAGGCUUGUGUUUGUAAAGGUUUACCCUAAAACAUGAAUGUGUCUGAGGAGAAAGAGGACGGCGUCUCUGCCUCUGAGCAACAUGGAGACAGGAGCCCAGUGAAGCAGGAGAGACCAGAGUCAUAUGGACCCAGCUGUUUGUCCAUGAAGAGUGGCUGGUCUAUUAGUGAACCUCCAGAAUUCAAGAAUGGAGGGCCGAUUGUUGAGCCAAGACCUCACCGGAAGAGGUCAGAGGUUCUCAGUGAACGGCCUGACCUGAAGCACCAUCAAAACCUGGUCUCUGUUUUCAUGCUUCUUGAAGAAAACAUUGUGACUUUUGUCAAGGACGAGCUCAAGAAGUUCAAGAAAGUUCUGGGUCCAGAAGAGGGGCUGAAAGAAGAUGAUGACAUUAUGGGUCGUGAAGAUGACGAGCAAAGAAACAGCAACAGAGAUGCAGUUCUGAAACUCGCACUGAACUUCCUGAGGAACAUGAAGCAGAAGCAGCUGGCUGACUCUCUGCAGAGCAAAACUCAUGCUGCGAUUUGCCAACGUAAACUAAAGUCUAAACUGAAGAACAAGUUUCAGUGUUUGUUUGAAGGAAUUGCCAAAGCAGGAAACCCAACACUUCUAAAUCAGAUCUACACUGAACUCUACAUCACAGAGGGAGGGAGUGGAGAGGUCAACGAUCAACAUGAGGUCAGACAGAUAGAAGCAGCAUCUCGAAAAAUGGCAGGUUCAGAAAGAACAAUCGGAUGUCGGGAUAUAUUUAAACCUUUACCCGGAAGAGAUGAACCAGUCAGAACUCUGGUGACAAAGGGAGUGGCCGGCAUUGGGAAAACAGUCCUAACGCAGAAGUACAUCCUGGACUGGGCUGAAGACAAAGACAACAACAGUAUACAGUUCAUCUUUCCAUUCUCUUUCCGAGAGCUAAACCUGCUGAAAGCAAAAGAAUACAGUUUGGUGGAACUUCUUCAUCAACUCUUUACUGAAACCAAAGAAGCAGGAAUCUGCAGAUUUGAAAAGUUCCAGGUUCUGUUCAUCUUUGACGGUCUGGACGAGUGUCGACCUCCUCUGGACUUCCACAGCAACAAGAUCCUAACUGACGUUACAGAGUCAACUUCAGUCGAAGUGCUGCUGACAAACCUCAUUAGAGGUAAACUGCUUCCCUCUGCUCGCCUCUGGAUAACCACAAGACCUGCAGCAGCCAAUCAGAUCCCUCCUGAAUGCAUUGAUAUGGUGACAGAGGUGAGAGGGUUCAGUGACCCACAGAAGGAGGAGUACUUCAGAAAGAGAUUCAGAGACAAUGAGCACGGCGGCAGAAUCAUCUCCCACAUCGAGGAGUCACGAAGCCUCCACAUCAUGUGCCACAUCCCGGUCUUCUGCUGGAUCACUGCUACAGUCCUGGACCAUGUGUUGAGAAUCAGAGAGAGAGCGGAGCUGCCCAAGACCCUGACUGAGAUGUACAUCCACUUCCUGGUGGUUCAGACCAAACAAGGGAAUGCAAAGUAUCACAGCAGUGUGUCGACAGAUCCAGUCUGGAACACAGAGACCAAGAAGAGCAUUCUCACUCUGGGAAAACUGGCUUUUGAGCAGCUAGAGAAAGGAAACCUCAUCUUCUAUGAAGCCGACCUGAAAGAGUGUGGCGUUGACAUGGAAGCUGCCUGCAUCCACUCUGGACUAUUCUCAGAGAUCUUCAAAGAGGAGCAUGGGCUGAGCCAGGACAAGGUAUUCUGCUUUGUCCAUCUGAGCGUUCAGGAGUUUCUGGCUGCACUUUAUGUCUUCGUGACGUUCAUCAACACCGGCAUCGAUCUCCUGAGAAGAAGAAGCCGGUUCUUCUCAGUACAGCCUGUGCCAUUACAACUCGAUAUCAAAUUCAAACACCUCUACCAGAUUGCAGUGGACAAGGCUUUCGAGAGUCCAAAUGGACACUUGGACUUGUUUGUCCGCUUCCUCCUGGGCCUUUCACAGGAGAACAAUCAGACUCUCCUACGAGGCCUGCUGAAAAAUACAGGAAGUAAACAAGAAGUCAAAGAGAUCUUAGUGCGGUAUAUCAAAAAGAAGAUCAAGGCCAAUCCGUCUCCAGAGAAGAGCAUCAACCUGUUCCACUGUCUGAAUGAGCUGGAUGACCAUUCUUUAGUGGAUGAGAUCCAACAGUACCUGAGAUCAGGACGUCUCCUUGGAAACAAACUCUCUCCCUCUCAGUGGUCAGCGCUCGUCUUCAUCUUACUAUCAUCACAAAAGGAUCUAGACGUGUUUGAUCUGAGGAAAUUCUCAGCUUCAGAGGAAGGUUUUCUGAGGCUUCUGCCAGUGGUCAAAGCAUCCAAAACAGCUCGGCUGAGAGGCUGUAACGUCUCACGGGAAAGCUGUGAAGCUCUGGCCACAGUUUUCAUCACCAAGAAAUCUAGUCUGAGAGAGCUGGACCUGAGUAACAAUGACCUGCAGGAUUUAGGUGUAAAGAUGCUGUCAGCUGGACUCAGGAGUCCGCACUGUAGACUGGAGAUUCUCAGGCUUUCGGAGUGUCAGGUCACAGAGACAGGCUGCACUUUUCUGGCUUCAGCUCUCAUGUCCAACCCCUCCCAUCUGAGAGAGCUGGACCUGAGCUUCAACCAUCCUGGAGACUCAGGAUUGACGCUGCUGCGUGCUGGACUGGUUAACCCCCGCUGGAAACUGGAAACUCUCAAGAUUGAUCAUUGUGGAAAGUGUCGGCUGAACCCACCACCUCUUAGGUAUUUCUGUGAGCUUUCACUGGACCCAACCACAGCAGACCGAAACCUCUCACUGUCCGACGACAACAGAGGAGUGAUGGUGGUGAAAGAGAAGCAGCCGUAUCCCGAUCAUCCGGAGAGAUUUGACAGCUGGAGACAGCUGCUGUGUAGAGAAGGUCUGACUGGGCGUUGUUACUGGGAGGUCCAGUGGAGAGGAAAGGUUCAUAUCGGAGUGACAUACAGAGGAAUCAACAGGAGAGGUGAUGACUGCUGUAUCGGAUGGAACGAUCAGUCCUGGAGUCUGUUCUGCUCGGCUCAGGGUUACACGGCCUGGCACGAUAACAAACCAGAAGACAUAGCUACUGGCCCGCCGUCUCACUCCAACAGAGUAGCAGUGUAUCUGGACUGGCCUGCCGGCACCGUGUCCUUCUACUGUCUCCCCUCCGUUGUCUCUUCGAUCAGACAGAUCCACCUCCACACCUUCCGCUGCACUUUCACUGGAGCCCUCUACCCUGCGUUUGGGUUUGGACGAAUGGACCUCGGUACUGACUCGAGAUUGUCACCAUCCUCAGUUUAUCUGUCACAGAUUGAAGACUAAAUGUGUCUUCCUGUGAAGAACAGUGGUUCCCAAACUGGGGGGCCUUAAGACAGACUAAAGCCCUGAUCAGACAGGAGUGCGUUUUAGCAGCCUAAAACUUUUUGUGAUUGUUCUCAAUGAGAGUGAAGCGUUUUGCGUAUUACUUCUGCGUAGCUGAGCGCCUCACGUUUUUCUGCUCUCUGCUCCUUGUAUUUUUGCAAGAGAGCCCCUAACAACGCCUCUAACUGAAAAAAAUUAACCGGGUUUUUAUUUUUAUCAUUGUGGCGAUGAUACCCGGAGCUAAAUGACUUUACCCGCCGUGGUUACUGUAACCAAUGAUUCACAGCAAUUGAAAAUAACUAUGUUUUCAUUCGAGUAUAAUCACCUGAACCUAAGAAUCGUUGUACUAUAUACAGUAUAUUAUGAGGUACAUAAGGAGCAGGUCCGUUGCCGCUACGUUUCUACAGUAGCCCAGAACGGACAAACCAAACACUGAAUCGAGAGAAAAGCUUUCACGCUUUUACGUUACUGUAAGGUCACUUUAGUUCUCCAACGCGCUUUGAAAGGCAGGAGUGAGCAGAGGAGUAUUCAGAUUCCACUAAAUCUUACUAACAGCUCCUUUAAAAUUGUAUUGUGGUAAUUACCUAACAACAACAACAACAACAACAACAACAACAACAACAACAACAACAAAAGACGCAGCAAAUUGCAAAAACAUUCUGUCUGAUCGGGCAUCUAAAAGGCAGUGUGGUGCACCUCAAAUUUUUUACCUGCAAAACGCUCUGUCUGAUUAUCACCAUGGGGUGCAAAUAAAGGUGCACCACAUUAAAACGUCAAAAUCACUGU